ACUCAAAGAUGAUUUUGCAUCAUGUGAUUACUCCCCUCAGCAGCCGAGAUGGAAAAGUAAACGAUUCUCCUACCAUUACCAGACAUUCUGCCCGGGGGCGUCAGGCCGAGACUGUUUGCUCACAGAAAAGCCAAAUGCACUUCUUUGUUUUCUCCCCACACAUCGCAAUUCAGCUGAACAGCUCACAAAGGAGCAGCAAGUACUUUGUUUUUUUUUUUUUUUCAUUCCAAGCUCUGCUCCUCGUAUUCCUCUCUCUACGGAGCCUGUUAGAACCGUGUCUCCCUCUGCACUUUCACUCGACUGUGAUCUCUUUACCUGUCAGUGGCUCAGUAAAGCCCCCUCUGCAAGUAUCUUCACGCCGCAUCUGGAUGGCUGCGGUUGGUCUCGUUGUGCGCCGCCGGUUAGUCCUCAUGCUGUCGCUGAUCCCCGCUCGCUCCCCUACCAACACACUGAAAGGACUUGAUGUCAUUCAGAGGAACGCCUCAACUUGCAAAGGCUAUCGCCAUCUGGCCCACAUGCCCGACGGUGGAAAUGCAAACCAGAAAAAGGUUCACCGUCAGAAGCUGACCUUUGGCCUCAUCACGAGCGGCGAAUGAGCCUUGACCGUUGGAUGUUGACAAGGUUCCCGCAAGCCCACGCGCCUUGAUCCAAAUCUGAAGUUCUGAGCCAUCUCAACACCGCGGCCCGUCUCUUCCUCCGCAAACCGGAAGCGGCGCUUCUGAAAGGAUGUGAGCGUAACCCGAAAAAACGGGAGAAAACGCAAUCAGCCUUGGGAAAAGUUGGCCGCGAUGGACGCAUGAUAAGCAAGACUGCGCCAGCUCUGUUUGGACAUAGACGAUGGUGUUGUUUCUGAUCGGGAUCUCUGCAGCCUCGAACCUUUCAUCCCAUGACAACCAAACAGCAGGGAAUCCCACACACCAGGGUGCUCAUGUGCUGCCCUCCACGUUGAUCUUGUCCCUCGUGCUCAUCUUUGUCGUCCUGCUGACUAUUUACUGCCUCAGGUUCAAGAACCACAGGAAAGCGCUGGUUACGUCUGUGGAUAAAAAACUUCCAAAUGGCUUCCUGGAAGAACAAGGAGAGCAAAGAGUGGUCCUCCUGCCCAGAUCCCCCUCGCUCUCCAAGAGGUACUUCCCCAUCCCGCUGGACGCGCUGGAGGAGGAGUACCGCACGCGCUCGGCCGACGACGGCAAGCUCUUCCGAGAGGAGUUCAAUUCGCUGCCCUGUUACUACCGCCACGGGUCCUUUGAGGAGGCCAGCAAGGAGCACAACAGAGACAAAAACAGAUAUCCCAACAUUUUGCCAUAUGACCAUUCCAGAGUGCUGUUGAGCAGUCACAUGGGUCACGCGUGUUCAGACUACAUCAACGCCUCUUACAUAGAUGGGUUUAAGCAAAAGAAGAAAUUUAUUGCUGCUCAAGGUCCAAAGUUGGAGACGGUAGCCGACUUCUGGCGGAUGAUUUGGGAGCAGAAGACGGCAACUAUCGUGAUGCUGACCAAUCUGAAAGAAAGGAAAGAGGACAAAUGCUUCCAGUAUUGGCCAGAAAAGGGCUGCUGGAUGUACGGCAACAUCAGGGUGGCCAUGGAGGACGUCAGCGUUCUGGUGGACUACAGCGUUAGAAAAUUCUGCCUUCAGUAUCAGGACAGUGAUGGACCCCGGGCCCCGUGCCUGGUCACUCAGCUUCAUUUUACCAGCUGGCCAGACUUCGGGGUGCCGUUCUCACCCAUAGGCAUGCUGAAAUUCCUCAAGAAGGUCAAGGCUGUCAACCCGCCCUAUGCCGGACCCAUUGUGGUGCACUGCAGCGCGGGCGUGGGGAGGACAGGCACCUUCAUUGUCAUUGACAGCAUGAUCGACAUGAUGCACACGGAGCAGAGGGUGGACGUCUUUGGCUUUGUGAGCCGAAUACGAGAGCAGCGCUGUCAACUCAUCCAGACCGAUAUGCAGUACUCCUUCAUCUAUCAGGCCCUGUUGGAGUACUACCUGUACGGGGACACCGAGCUGGACGUGUGCUCCCUGGAGGGGCAUCUACACGGGCUUCACAACACCAGGGCCCCCCACGACAGACUGGGCCUGGAGGAGGAGUUCCGGAAGCUGACCAACGUGCGCAUCAUGAAGGAGAACAUGAGAACGGGGAACCUCCCAGCCAACAUGAAGAAGAACCGAGUACUUCAGAUCAUCCCGUAUGAUUUCAACCGAGUCAUACUUUCAGUGAAACGAGGGCAGGAGUUCACCGACUACAUCAAUGCCUCUUUUAUUGACGGCUACAGGCAGAAGGACUAUUUCAUCGCAACCCAGGCCCCCCUGUCUCACACGGCGGAAGACUUCUGGAGGAUGGUGUGGGAGUGGAGGUGCCACUCGAUCGUUAUGCUCACUGAACUAAAGGAGAGGGAGCAGGAAAAGUGUUUCCAGUAUUGGCCAUCAGAGGGCAGUGUGACAUUUGGAGACUACUCCGUGGAGCUGAGCGGAGACUCGCAGGGCGAAACGUUCACGCUCAAAGACUUGGUGCUCACCUGCACAGCAGAGAAGCGAUCUCAACACGUGCGUCAUUUCCACUUCCACGGAUGGCCCGAGAUCGGAAUCCCGACGGAGGGCCGAGGGAUGAUCGACAUCAUCGCCUCGGUGCAGAGGCAGCAGCAGCAGUCUGGAAACCGUCCCAUCGUGGUGCACUGCAGUGCCGGUGCCGGUCGGACGGGGACCUUCAUCGCCCUCAGCAACAUUCUGGAGCGCGUGAAGGCGGAGGGCCUGCUUGACGUCUUCCAGACCGUCAAGAGUUUACGCAUGCAGCGGCCGCACAUGGUGCAGACCGUGGAGCAAUACGACUUCUGCUACCGAGUGGUGCAGGAUUUUGUCGACAUCUUCUCGGACUACGCCAACUUUAAAUAAGGCACACUUUCCAGCGUCUGCUUUCCAAUCGACUUAUGCAAUCGACUUUCUUUUCUUUAUUUUUUCUGGUUUGUUGAAUGUACAUUUUCUAAAGUUUUACAUUUUGUAUCAUACUGUAAUACGCGCAAACAUAUCCGUCCUUUUGCGCCAGUCUUUUUAGGAUGACGUUUGACUUGACAAGACUUGCGUAGUUACAUGAAAAUAGCUCGAGUAACGUGACGUAAAUACGGCGGUGCCUUGAGAUAGUGGUGAAAAUAGAAAGUACGCGUCGGAGUACAUUGAAGUACACAAACGAGCGCGUGGCGUCGCCGUGCAGUCUGCUAGCUUCAUGCGAACGCGCAAUGGAAAAAGCCAUAGCCUGGCUAGCAUUAGCAUCUUAACUGGCAGUGUUCACGCUUUAAGGAACUGAUAUUUUCGAUAGCGAUAGUGCAACAACACUUACGGAUAGACAAUAUGCCAUCACUCACAGACAUAUAUUCUUUAUCCUCUGCGAGACUCUACGCAUCGCUGCUGUUUAAGGAGUCGCGGUCGUGGCGACGUGCUUCUUAAGUUUGUGUUAGGAUUUUAAUCAAGGUGGGCUAGUACCCUUACCGGAUUAUUUAUUUUUUUUCCCAAGGUUUCGGGUUGUCGCAAAGGAUGCCGAUACCAGCCACCGGUACCUAAGACAAAAAAAAAAACAAAUCAGACGUAGAUUAAAUCUUUCUUGCCAAUAGUUGUUGCUAAACUGUGGAUGUUGGACACAUGGGCCAUGUUCAGAAUUAUCCAUCCUUGCGUUCAUUGAAAUUUGUGAUAUCUUAAGGACUAGUGGUAUCGGUAUUGGUAUCGGUAUUGGUGGGUCUUCAAGAGCGAAUACUUGUAUUGGUGUAUAGGUCUGUAAAAAAAAAAAAAAAAGUGGAAUUAAACAUCCUUGAUUCUUAUGUUUAUAUGAACUACGAUAUUCCCGAGUGCUCUUUUCCUGACUGACGGCGUUUUUAACCUUUGAGGGACGGCGGUCACUACAGUGCACAGAUGUUAUCGGGUUACAGGGUUGCGUUAAGAGCAUGGUCGCUUGAAAAAAAAAAAUUGAGGAUUUGGAUCUCAAGGCACCUCUGAAACUGCGCCACUGUCGGAAAAAAAACAUUCUCAACUCUUUCUGCUUGACUCUUUCCGAACCGCAAUGCCUUUCUUUUCUUUACACGGUAAAUGUGUACUUUCUUUUUGCGACAAAUAAGCUUGAAAUGUGUUUCUGGGCUCUGAUUUAAUGGAAUAAAAGAAUUCAG